AAAAAUGGAAGUAGCUAACUUGGAAAUAAACGAAAACGAAAUACACACAGAAGCAACUUAAUAAUCAAACCACACAAAACCAGAAAGAAACACAAACAUUUGUGUCUUAAACUUUAAUCAACAACUUCAACUGACUUGGUAAACUCAAAGAUGAUAUAGGUAUAGAUCUGAGUGAUGAAACUGGUGUGAAUUGAAGCAAAAUGGGGAACACUUGUGUUGGUCCUAGCAUUUCAAAGAAUGGUAUUAUUCAAUCAUUUUCCGCGGCGAUUUGGCGGACGCAAUCACCUGAUCCUGAAGGAUCAGUGUCUAAUAGAGGAUCAGUAAACGAGGGGAGAAUUGAUAAUGAGCCCGAAUCUCCUUUGCCGGUCCAAAACAAACCUCCUGAGCAGAUAACUAUGCCGAAACCGGAAGCAAAACAAGAGACGAAAUCAGAACCGGAGUCCGAAAAGGAGAAGAAGAAACCCAAGAGACCUUCUGUUAAGAGAAUUUCUAGUGCAGGACUUCGUGUUGAUUCCGUGUUGCUAAGAGAAACUGGUAAUUUCAAGGAAUUUUUUAGUCUUGGGAGGAAACUCGGACAAGGUCAAUUUGGGACAACGUUUUUGUGUAUAGAGAAAGAAACCGGGUAUCAGUUUGCGUGUAAAUCUAUUGCGAAGAGGAAACUUGUAACUGAUGACGAUGUUGAGGAUGUGAGAAGAGAAAUUCAGAUAAUGCAUCAUUUGGCUGGACAUCCUAAUGUUAUAUCGAUUAAAGGUGCUUAUGAGGAUGCAGUGGCUGUUCAUGUUGUGAUGGAAUUAUGUGCUGGUGGUGAGCUUUUUGAUCGGAUUAUUCAGCGCGGACAUUAUACCGAAAGAAAGGCGGCUGAACUUAUUAGGACUAUUGUUGGUGUUGUUGAAACUUGUCAUUCUCUUGGUGUGAUGCAUAGAGAUCUUAAACCGGAGAAUUUUCUCUUUGUUAAUGAGCAAGAGGAUUCGCUACUCAAAACCAUUGACUUUGGAUUAUCUGUGUUCUUUAAGCCAGGUGAUAUAUUUAUUGAUGUGGUUGGCAGUCCAUAUUAUGUUGCUCCAGAAGUUUUGAAAAAGCGUUACGGUCCUGAAGCAGAUGUUUGGAGUGCUGGUGUUAUCCUUUACAUUCUUUUGAGUGGAGUACCUCCAUUUUGGGCUGAAAGCGAACAAGGGAUAUUCGAACAGGUUAUGCGCGGUGAUCUUGACUUCAAUUCGGAUCCUUGGCCUGCAAUUUCUGAAAGUGCAAAAGAUUUAGUAAGGAAAAUGCUUGUUCGUGACCCUAGAAGGCGGAUGACUGCACAUCAAGUAUUAUGUCAUCCUUGGGUUCAAGUUGACGGUGUAGCUCCUGACAAGCCACUUGAUUCUGCUGUAUUAAGUCGAUUGAAGCAAUUUUCUGCUAUGAACAAGCUCAAGAAAAUGGCUCUUAUAGUCAUUGCAGAGAGCUUAUCAGAAGAAGAAUUGGCUGGCCUAAAAGAAAUGUUCAAGAUGAUCGAUACAGAUAACAGUGGUCAAAUCACUUUCGAAGAACUUAAAGCUGGUUUGAAAAAAGUUGGUGCUAAUCUUAAGGAGUCUGAAAUUUAUGAUUUAAUGCAAGCGGCUGACGUAGAUAACAGUGGAACGAUUGAUUAUGGUGAGUUCAUUGCGGCAACGUUGCAUAUUAACAAGAUUGAAAGAGAAGAUCAUCUAUUCGCUGCUUUUUCUUACUUUGAUAAAGAUGGAAGUGGCUAUAUUACUCAAGAAGAACUUCAACAAGCUUGUGAUGAGUUUGGUAUAAAAGAUGUUCGCUUGGAAGAAAUAAUCAAGGAAAUUGAUGAAGAUAAUGACGGGCGCAUAGAUUAUAACGAGUUUGUGGCUAUGAUGCAGAAAGGAAAUCCUAUGGUUGGUAAGAAAGGCCUCGAAAAUAACUUCAGCAUUCGUUUCAAGGAGGCAUUAAAAUUGUAGUAUUCAGUCGCAACAUUAAGAAUUUUUUUUCCUCUCCCUCUAUUUUUUCCUUUGAAAGUUCAAUAUUUUGUGCAUUAGCACAACUCAUUGGAUGCCGGUUUGGCCUUUCAGCUGUUUUGUUUGUGUUUAGUUCAAAUGGAUUUUUGUAAUUAUGAGAAUGUAUGAAAGAUUAAAUAGAGGUGUUGAUGUGAACAAAUGAUAGUGAAGUGAUCUUUAUUCUUGAAAGGAACAAAUUCUACAUUGUGAAUUUCAUA